CAACAUUAACCGUUCUAACACCAGUGGGCCGUUUUAGGAUAAAAUAAAUUUUAGAUCAGACAUUUUAGAAAAAAGUGUUAUAAAAGUGUACUGCUUAGUCAAACCUUGACGUUUGACAACAGAAUUUGUAGCUUCGCGUUUUCGGUCUGAAUUCAAACCAAAAUUGCCCGGUGGCCAUGGCUGGGCUUAGUGGGCUGGGAGGAACAUUUUGUCCGCAUUAUGGCUGCUUCGGCCGUAAUUGUCAGUAUACACGCUACACGUUUAUAAGAAAAGGAACGAUAAAUAUCUCCAAGGGAUGCGGGGAAGCCAUGCCGAUACUGCUGCUGCAUCAACAGCGUUGCCGGCAUCGAUUAGCAGCAUACCGUUUACCCAUUCCCACCACGAUUGUGGGAUUAAUUCCUUCCACGCAGAAAUCACAUGCCCUACGCUGAACGUGGACGUGGUCUUUCCUGUUUCAAAAUAUUCCUUUACAUACACAUUAACGCUUUAUCUCAUUGUCGGACUGGUGACCUUCGCUAUACCCGCAGCAAGCUCUCGUGGAGUGCGGUCGAGAAGAAUAAUCGUUGAAAGUUGCCAAAUAAAAAGAAACGAUCAGCUAGCCAAUGUAUUAUUAUUAUGAACUCCAAAAUCGUCCUGGGUCUCACCUUCCUGGCGGUCACGUACUGCUGCUUCCGGCGUUGGUGGAAGCGCCGCGGUGAGGACAAGAACGCUGGGAAACGACUCAAAGGCGAGGUCGAUCAAGAAUUAGGCAAAACAACAAAGGAAAAGUCGACCACAUCCAGCGGGCAUAACUCGGUUACCGGAGAUAUUCUUCUUCGCAUGACGUACGAAGACUGCACUUUAACGCUGCAAGUGAUAAAAGAGCGCAAUCUGAAAGCGGCCCAUGACGCUGGGUACUCCGAUCCCUUCUGCAAGAUUCACGUGGUGCCUGGACGAGCGGAAUACAAAUAUAGCACGCGGCACAUACAGCAGAAUCUGAAUCCCGAAUGGAAGGAGACCUUCACCUUCCAGGGCAUCGAUCUCAACGAGAUCCACCGUAAGAAAAUCGAAAUCACCGUGUUGGAUUGGGAUCGGCUGUCGGAUGAUUUCUUAGGCGAGGUCGUAGUGGAUCUCACCGAUCCGAUUCACCUGGAUGGCAUCCGGCGCUGGUAUCAGCUGUGUGAGCAACGUAACUUGCCAUGAAAACCGAUGAAAUGUAGCUUUCUCUUCAUAUCACCACAGCGGUGUACAAAGCAAUAGUUUAACAGCUGUUUUACUGGUUUGUAAGAAAAGUGCUUGUAAUUCCACUUCCUGUCGUUAUUAUAUACUGUAUGUGCUCCCGAUACUCACGUAUUUUUUGAAUUAUUGGUAGUUUCCAAAUUUUGUGUACCUUUGUAAUUUGGUUUGUUGAUUUUUGUGAAGGGAUUUUGGAAUGUGUCAGGUUUCUACAUUUGUACUGAUGAAAACGGGUUUUGAGGUCUUGUGUGAUCAAAACUCGUGUUCUGUCUACGCACUGCCGGUACGCAGUGUCUAUUUACUCCUCUGUUUACUGGAAUUUUACCUGGAAAAUGUUUACUAGUUCGCGGUUGCGAUAUCACUUGUUUAGUGGGAUACAAAACCGCAACGGUCAACGUUGCGCUCGGUCAA